AUGCUCGCCAUCCGUUCAAUGCCUUCCUUGAGAACACUACAGCUCUCAAAUAUUACAUCCCUCGACCCGGAGAUGUUGCUCGGUGACCAGAGGACGGAAGUCUCGAAUAACCUGGAGAAGAUCACACUUCGAGGACGAGUCACCUAUGAACACAUCUCACUGGCGAGACUUCGUCGGAUGGGGAUGGCGCCUGCGCCCUCGAAGAUAACCUGUGCAGAGAUAUAUGGCCAUUCGUGCUGGUAUCUCAACUUAUUGCUGCGGCUUUUACAUGAGUUUCCCUCGCCCCCAACAUAUUUUCCAUGCCUCAAGUCCUUGAAGGUCAGCUACGACGAGCAGGAGGAAGACGUGAUGUGGGAUUUCAUCAAGCGGUCAGCUAAGACCCUCGAGACCCUAGAAUUUAGACAUAUGGGCGAAUAUAACAAGUAUGAGCACCCAGUCGUCACAUAUCACACUCCCGGAAAACCGGUGUUCAGCGAUUGGACCAUGCCGGUAUACUACUACUACUACACUCGGUGUCUGAGCGACUUCGUCGCCUUGCGGAACCUGAAGUUCCGCACCGGCACGGGAAACUCACCUAGGCCGCGCGAGAUUAUUGAUCUUAUCUUGAACGUUCUCGACUCUACCACCCCGGCUUGCGGGCUGCUGUCGCUGGAAGUCAACCUUGAUGUUAUGUCUCUUCAGCCGGGGGUGACGAGCACCCUCGCUGAUCCUGAUGUCGAAAGUUGCUGGAAAAGGUUAGAACAGAUGCUCCUGGGUCCACAUUUCCCAAAUCUGCGGUCAGUGAAGAUCACAAUUAUGGUUGGCAGAUUUUAUCGCGAAUUGACACGCCACCGGAACCGCUUCUCACCAGCUGUGUCGCUUGAGGACAACGGGGGCAUUGCGGAACGCACCGUUCCAUCUCUACUUGCCUGCCCCAGGAUAGAUACAAGUUUCAUUGUGACCGUCCACAAUCUAUGUAUAUAA